CCGGCCUCCUCGACAUUUUUCAGCGUCAUUCUCUUCAGUAGAGCUCGGCCGCAGAAAGGCCCCCCACUCCCCGACGCCACAGCCAACAGCAGCCCCCACUCGAUGGCCUCACCAAUCCGGCCGCCGCCGCCGCCCCCGCCCCCGCCGGAGGUCGAUCCCGUCGCCCCUCCUUCUCCCCCUUCACAGCAAUCCUUCCGUGACGGAUCCCUCUCGCCGGAGAACCCAGCAUCAGCACCAGCUCCACCACCACCACCACCACCUCCCCCUCCCCCUCCUCCCUCGGCUGGUCCUACCCCUACUCCGCCCCCUCCCGGCGAUUCCUCUCCAUCCUCACCUCCGCAUCCCCCGCUGCCGCCGCCGCCGCCGCCUCCGCUUCCGCCCAGCGCCGAUGCUUCUCCUCCCCUCCCGCGUGACGGCCAAACAUCGCCGCCGCGCUCUCCGCCCCACGCCUCCCCGGCUCCAGCACCGCCACCUCCUCCAGCGCCGGCGUCCUCGGACGCCAAGUCGGAGCAGGAGGCGGUGGAAUCGGCCAGCAAGUCGGGGAGCAUGACGCUGGCCCUCGCGCUAACCCAAGACUCGACGCCGCCGACGCCGCCGAAGGCCUCCUCGGCCGAGGCGUCGCCAGCCGGUUCGCCGCAGAAGGAAUCGGCCGUCACCAUCGCGAAGCUCCUCUCCGGCGAGGACCCCGCGGCGGACAAGGUCGCCCCUCCGGGCGACACCGGGUCACUCGCUGCGGUGGCAGCCGUCACUGGCGUUGGUGGAGGUGGAGGCGGCGUGGGGUCCAAGAGGUGGCUCAUAGGCGGCGGCGUCCCGGAGAAGGUGCGGCGCGCGGAGCUGAGGAGGGCCGAGCUAGGGUUUAGGGUUUCAGCAGCCGUGUUCUGCCUGGUUGCGCUCUCUGUUGUGGCCGCCGAUACCACGACGGGCUGGUCCGGCGACUCCUUCCGCCGCUACAACGAGUACAGGUAUGUACUUACUGCGAGCGUCGUGGCUUUUACCUACUCGGGGUUCCAGUUGGUAGCCGAGGUGCAUUACCUUGUCACAGGGAGGCGCAUCAUUCAAGCCCCAUGGCGCAGCUAUUUCAAUCUCGCCAUGGAUCAGAUGCUAGCUUACCUCCUACUGUCAGCAUCUUCAGCAGCACUUUCUCGUAAUGAUGUCUGGAUGUCUCGGUUUGGAGGGGACCAAUUCACGAAACUGAUCAACGCUUCAGCCUCCAUGGCAUUCCUCGCUUUCAUUGCUCUUGGUCUUAGCUCAAUCAUCUCUGCUUACCGUGUCUUCAGCUUGGUAUCGUAGACCCGUUGAUGUGCAUUACCUGAUGUGAAUAGUAUGUCCUGGAUGUAUCUCGGGCCGCUGAACUUUAAUUUUUCUGUUUGUGGCUUGUGACAUCCUUGGUCUCUACAGCUUGGGUAUACUGCACUACUGCAGUAGUAGAUGGAACUCAAGAUUAGCUUUUAUAAAUUAAGUGGGUGUACCAAGGAUUCACGCUGGUCUUCCCAUGAAUCUGAAAGACAUGCAACUGAAACCACUUCAAUUGCUGGGUGAUAAUUGCCAUACUAAUGGUGUGACCCUGUAUAUACACGAUGGUGAGAGCAUCUUCAAGAGAUUAUUCAUCACUCAUAUCCUAUAUA